AUGAGCACCAAGGAGAGCCCAGCGGAGUGCGGCGAGAGCACUUUGUGUCUCCGUGUCUGCGCAGAGAACGGGAGCGAGAAGCGCGUGACGCCGGCGUUCGGACCGAACAAGCUGCUCGAGGCCCCGCCCUGCUCGGCCGUUCUCCCAAAGGAGCGUUUCCGGUGGAACGCCGAUGAGGAGAUUGCAUCCUACCUGAUCUCAUUUGACAGACACGAGGAAUGGCUUACCUCCACGCUCAGGACUAGGCCCCUCAAUGGCUCCGUCAUACUGUACAACAGGAAGAAGGUGAAGUAUCGGAAAGAUGGGUACUGCUGGAAGAAGCGGAAGGACGGGAAGACGACAAGAGAAGAUCACAUGAAGCUCAAGGUUCAAGGUGUGGAGUGUCUCUAUAGCUGCUACGUCCAUUCCGCCAUUGUCCCAACGUUCCACAGGAGGUGCUACUGGCUUCUGCAGCUCGUUCCUGGGUUCCAGAACCCCGACAUGGUGCUGGUGCACUACCUGAACGUGCUGUCCCUCGAGGGCUGUGGGGCGAUGAGCGGGCCGCUUCUGUGUGUGUCAGGCGACCGGCGGGACAGUCAGUGCUGGACUCGAGAGGAGCUACACUCCCAGCUCAAACCCAUGUUCUACAGCACGAAGUGGUCCUGCAGCGACAGCAGCGGCGCCCCCGACUUCUCCGUCGAUCACCUGGUACAGAAUGUGCUGGAGACACGACAGGCGAAACCACAGCCACGCACGUGCUCUUGCCUGUGCAGCACCACACUGGCGGUGCCUGGGGCCAACAUUCCCCACCACUGUGUGAGCACCAAGCACCAAGGCAGCGUGGGCGGGGACAGAAAGGCAGCCGGGUGUCUGUUGCUGAGCCCUGUUACCCCCUCCACUCGUUUUGGUGGUGACAGAGAGACCUUGGCUACAGUGGCCCUGCCCCAGAGUGCCUUCAUCGUCAUGGCAACUGCUUUUGGCAGGAGCCGAGAGAACCUGAUGCAGAACCUGAACUUUAGCGGCACUGACAUAGCACACCCCUCCAUGGCGCACCCUGCGAGCUUAGUCUCCGCUGCAGCCCCCUCCCUGGCAGUGGCAGCACCCUGCAGCUGUGCAAAGUCCCUCCUCAGCAGCACCCCAGGUGUGGCCGUGCUCAGCCUGAAUCUGCCCUUGAGGCCCAUCUCCGGAGGUACGUUCACAAGUGACCGGCUCGUGUCGGGGUGCAAUUCUCCUGGCUCUCUCCCUCUCCCAGCGUCCUCCCCUUGUUGCCCCCUGGCCUUCGACCCCGACUCUUUCCUCAAUAGCUCCAAGCGAGGCCAGGCAUAUGGGGGCACUUCCCAGUCGAGUUGUGUCUCUGCGUCGUUAGCCCCUGACAUCCCUUCUCUCGCCCUGCCCCUCUGCCCUUCCUCCCUUCCCUCGUCGCCAUCCCGUUCUCCCCUGGCUGAGGUGGGUUGUGGUAGGAGUAGUGCGACCGGUCUCCCUGUUUCCAUGGCAAUGUUGGAGGUGGAGUCUCAGGAUGAGGGGCCCAAGAGAGUGGAGUAUCAGGAGCACCAGGAGCACCAGGAAUGCGGUCAGAGGCCCGUCCCGGAGCAGCCACUCACUAGACAGGAGGCCCGUCCACAUUCAGAGCAGCCAGUGCAGCUGCGACCUUCUGCGCAGUCUCUGCCAGGGGGGAGUGAGAUCGGACUGGGCGUGCCACUAGGGGGCCCUGCGGCCGUGGAGUCCCCUGUGCCCGUGAAAGAGGAGCAAUCCUUCCUGGCAACGCCCCCUAGUGUUGGGCCAAGGCAAUGCCUGUGGAAGCAGCCAGACAGCCAGCUCCCUGACCUGAUGUUGGAGUUCUUGGGUGGGGGGCAGGAGCAGCAGGAUGAGCAGCUAGAGGCGAGUGGCUCCUCCCACACACACCCGUCACCCCCGUUUCCUGCUGCGGUGUGCUGUGUGGCGCCCCCUCCACUCAAGCCGGCCCCUUCCUUCCUGGCCUUUCCCUCCCUGACGUCCUCGCUGCAGAGUGGCGCAGGGGCAGAGCAGCGGCACCUCGCCAUCAUAACAGAUUUCUCUCCUGAGUGGUCCUACCCAGAGGUGAGCACAGGGCGGCAUGGCUAUGUGCGGGGCUCUGGGGAUGUAGGGUCUGUGAGUGUGUGUGUCUCUGUGUGCGCGAUGUCUCACUCACUGUUUGGUCCUUUCUGUCAUGUCACAGUGACCAGUUGUGACCGGUUCUGGCUUUUUUUGAAACUUGGUGCUCUGCUUCCUCAGGGUGGUGUGACGGUGUUGAUCACAGGGCCCUGGACAGAAACAUCUGGAUGCUAUUCCUGUGUGUUUGACCAGAGUACUGUCCCUGCCUCUCUGAUCCAGCCAGGAGUCUUGCGCUGCUACUGCCCAACUCACGAGGUCGGCCUGGUGGCCCUGCAGGUCCUCGAAGGCAUGGCAGCAGUGUCCUCCUCAGUCCUCUUCGAGUACCGUGCCCGCAGCAUGGCCUCUCUGCCAAGUUUGCAGCUCGACUGGCCGUCACUUGACGAUAACCAGUUCCGCAUGUCCAUUCUGGAGCGCUUGGAGCAAAUGGAGAAGAGGAUGGCGGAGAUGACGUCCCCCACCGGUGGCACCGGUCAGCAGCCGCAGGGCACCCAGCGUGGCCCCGUCCCAGAGGCCCCCGUGGCGGACGAGAGCAAGCAGAGCCCGUCAGGGUCAUGGUUCGAGCAGCGCAUUGUGGCGCUUUUUGAACGCAUGAUGGCAGGGGGCCGGUGGGGCGGGGGGAGUGAGAAAUUGAUCCACUCUGUGAGACACAGAGGAAUGACCCUACUUCACCUCGCUGCUGCCCAGGGAUACACUAAACUCAUACACACCCUCAUACACUGGAGGAGUGUGAAUUCGGACAGUCUGGAUCUGGAAGAGGAGGUCGACCCCCUUAACGUGGACCACUUCUCCUGCACACCACUAAUGUGGGCGUGUGCACUCGGCCACCAGGGGGCAGCAGUGCUACUGUACCGCUGGAACAGCUUGGCACUGGGCAUCCCGGAUUCUCUGGGGCGUCUGCCGCUGACUGUCGCACGCUCCCGAGGCCACAGCCACCUGGCCCGCCGCUUGGAGGAGAUGCAUGCCCAGAGCACGGACCCUGAGGAGCUUUGGCUCGAGACCACAGACCCAGGGGAGCUCCGGGUGCAAAGCUGCCACUGGGGCCACGCCAGCACCUGUCGGCAGCACCCGUUCCUGCAGCUUCCCCUCUCCCCGAUCUCUACGAGUCCGGACACAGGUCUCAGCUGUUCCAGUAGCACAGCCUCGCCCUCCCCAAGCUCUGCUUACUCCAGCUGCUCCAUGCUCUCCAGCCCCCGUGCAUACAGCCCUCCUGAGCCCAUGGACAUUUCUAUGCCUCCCCCCCCCCAUGCCUCUGUGCCACUGCUGGCUGAGGUCCCUGACACCAGUAACCCUGGUCUGCCUGCCCCCCGCCGGGACCACACUAGCUUUGAGGCAGAGCUGCUGAGCUACAGCGAGAACGCAGAGAACGAAGACCUCAUGCCUUCAGUGGAGGACCUGCAGGUGGACAUGGUGGCCCUGGCAGAGCAGAUUAUUGAGGCCACGCCUGAGCGCAUCAAGCAGGAGGAGUUCCCUGGGGGGGCCGAAUCCCCGCUAAGAGAGAGACGAGGCAAUUCUGCCAUUCAGGACACCAUGCCUUGGCUGGCCUCCUACCUGGACAAUGUGGACAGCCAACCCAGCUUGUCGCUGCCCAGCAGGUGUGUUUGCCACGCUCCGCUCGCACAGCCCCCAUCGCCCCUCAGCACCCUAGCGCUGCGGUGGCUGCGGCCCCCCAGCAGUGCCGCCUGGGCCGAGUUCCUCAGUGCGUCGGCCAGCGGGUGCGUGGAGCGCGACUUUGCCCUUCUCACGCUGAGCGACAGUGAGCAGAGGGAGCUGUAUGAGGCGGCACGCGUCAUCCAGAACACCUUCCGCAGAUACAAGGGCCGCCGUCUGAAGGAGCAGCAGGACCGGGCAGCAGCUGUGAUCCAGAGAUGCUACCGCAAGUACAAGCAGCUAACGUGGACGUCGUUGAAGUAUGCCCUGUACAAGAAGAUGACCCAGGCAGCCAUCUUGAUCCAGAGCAAGUUCCGCAGUUACUACGAGCAGAAGAAGUUCCAGCAGUCACGGCGGGCGGCUGUGCUCAUCCAGCAGUACUACCGCAGCUACAAAGAGUACGAGAGGCUGAAGCAAGGGCACCGCGCGCCGGGGCCACUUAACCCCAAAACCAAGAGCUCGUUUCUCACCAAGAAGCAGGACCAGGCAGCACGCAAGAUCAUGAGGUUCUUCCGCCGCUGUCGACACCGGAUUAAGGAGCUGAAACAGAGCAAGGAACUGGAGAAGAUGCAGAAGAAGGGCCUAACCACCUAGUAUAGUCUCUCUUUCUCUCUCUUUCUUUGUCUCUCUCUCUCUUUCUUUCUCUGUCUCCCUCUCUCUGUCUGUCUCUCUCUCUGUCCCCCCCGUACAUACUUCCUCUGCCUUUGCAUAGUGAAACACACUCCUACACACAGUGCUGCUGUCAGUAAGAUCUUCCUCACUCUGCCUUGUUUUUCUGCUCAGAGAUGAGGGAUCUGAGCUCCUCUGUCUGUCUGUAAUUGGCCUUCAGCGGCGUGAAGCCAGGCGGCCAAAGCAAGCGUUCCUCUCGUCCCGCGUGGUACUGAAGACAGGAGCUGCAGGGAAGAGCAAAAUACGCAGCACUGCCCUUUACCUGCCUACCUACCACUUCCCACAAAUUUUACGCUGGAAUAUGGUCAAUGUAAAGUUUUGAAGACGUAUUAUUACCUGAGCUGUACACUUAAUCCCUGCGCAGUGUUGGAGUGAAGCGACGCACAUGAUGUUGGAAAGGCCUCGUGGAACUCUUCUGCACAUGGCUUCGGUGACACGGUGCACCUUUCUGCUGCUUCUUCAUGCCAUUGUGCCUGUGCUGGGGCUGUCGAUGGGACACGCUGCUGCAGGACUCUGGGCACAGGGUCAGCGCUGAGCAUGUGGAGCAGCUGCGGAGCCACAGGGAACAGAGAGAGCAAGAGCGACUCGACCCCGAGGGGAAGAGCGGCUGCGCUCUCCUGGUGCAGCUGUGGACACACUUAGGGGAAAUGUGGUAUAAUAGCAGUACAGUCAGUCCCCGGAUUACGAAUGAAUUCCGUUCCUCAGUCUGUCUGUAAGUCAGAUUUUGACGUAUA